CCGGCAUUUCAGCGUUUAACCGCCGGCAGGCGAGAGUGUUCUCCUGUUAUUUAUUUAUUUAUUGUCGAAGACUUUUAUUAUUUUCAAGAUGCUGUGCCUGUGCCUUUAUGUGCCUGUCCAUAAUUCAGACCAAGUCGAGGUGGAGUAUUUUGAAUCGAACGGAUUACCGUCUGAGCUGAAAUCGCUGAAGUCUCUCAGUGUGCUUCUACCUUCGCAGGAAUUCUCUACAUAUCGAAAAUGGAGGAAGAAAACCAUGAAAACUGAAGAGAAGGAGCAUGAUGGACAGUUGGACUUUGAAGAGUUUGUUCACUACCUCCAAGACCACGAGAAAGACCUGAAGCUCGUCUUUAAAAGCCUGGAUAGAAAGAUUGCUGGUCAAGUGAACGCCAAUGACAUUGUGAACUCACUGCGAGAUCUUGGCGUCCAUAUUUCCCUCCAGCAAGCGGAGAGAGUCCUUCAAAGCAUGGACAAAAACGGCACAAUGACUAUUGACUGCAACGAAUGGAAGAAGUAUCCCACAUUACAGCCUGCCGAAAACAUUCCCGAAAUCAUCCUGUACUGGAAACACUCGACUAUCUUCGAUGUGGGAGAGAACAUGAUGGUCCCAGAUGAGUUUACCUCAGAGGAGCACAUGACGGGGAUGUGGUGGAGACAUCUGGUCGCUGGUGGAGGAGCUGGAGCGGUUUCCCGAACCUGCACUGCUCCGCUCGACCGUCUUAAAGUCCUCAUGCAGGUGCAUGGAUCUCAUGGAAACAACAUGUGUAUCAUGAGUGGUCUCACCCAGAUGAUCAAGGAAGGAGGGAUGCAUUCGUUAUGGAGGGGCAACGGCAUCAACAUCAUCAAAAUCGCGCCCGAGACGGCCCUCAAAUUCAUGGCUUAUGAGCAGAUCAAACGGCUGAUGGGAAGCAGUCGGGAAACUCUGGGGAUCACCGAGCGCUUCCUAGCAGGUUCCCUGGCUGGAGUCAUCGCCCAGAGCGCCAUCUACCCCAUGGAGGUUCUGAAAACCCGUCUGGCGCUGAGAAAGACGGGCCAGUACAAGGGCAUCUCGGACUGCGCCAAACAGAUCCUGAAGGGCGAGGGGGUGUCUGCGUUCUACAAAGGCUACAUCCCCAACAUGCUGGGCAUCAUCCCGUACGCUGGCAUCGACCUGGCCGUCUAUGAGACGUUAAAGAACACUUGGCUCCAGCGCUAUGGGACGGAGAGUGCGGAUCCGGGUGUGUUUGUGCUGCUAGCCUGCGGUACGGUUUCCAGCACGUGCGGCCAACUCGCAAGCUACCCGCUAGCUCUCGUACGAACACGCAUGCAGGCGCAAGCUGCGGUUGAAGGCGCGUCUCAGGUCUCAAUGACGGGACUCUUCAAGCAGAUCAUGAAGACCGAGGGCCCCACGGGUCUCUAUCGGGGCCUGACCCCAAACUUCCUGAAGGUCAUCCCGGCCGUCAGCAUCAGCUACGUGGUGUACGAGCACAUCAAGACGACGUUAGGCGUGCAGUCAAGAUGAGGCCGUGAAUCUCGAGGCUUUGAGCCUUGCGGUGUGGAGGCCAUCUCAUUCUGUGAAUGUGAGCGAGGACGAGGACGCUGCUAACAAACAUCUCAUUAUUUAUUUAGUGUUCUAGAACGGUAAAA